UUUGCCGGUGCUAGCUACGGGAUCUCGGUGCAGAAGCCCAGUGCUUUCCCUGAGGGUGGCAAAGCCGGUGCCCACGGUCUGGGGGCUUUGCCGUGCCAAUACCCCUUCCAGCUGCUGCACGACUCGGGGAAAGAGCCAUACCGCAGCGAUGCAGGGAGCCAGGAGUACCUGGAUGUGGGGCUCGCCGCCGGCCAGCUGGCUCACGGCACCUUCGCCUUCCACUCAUCCCCCAGAGAGUGGCAAGAAGAGGUGCUGAGCAGUGGCUUCUACGAGAGCGUGUCCCCCCAGGGCAGGCUGUAUGGUUUGCCCGCCCCUCCGCCCUCACCUUUCCUGCACCCACCGCCGCCACCGGCCCCACACCACAGCCCGCUGCCGUGCUGCAAGGGCAGGAGCGAGCAUCCCGCCGACCCCAAUGGUGCUCUCUCGUCGUCUGGUGCUAUCGACCAAAACCCAAGCACUUUCCAAGAAAACCAAGCUGUUUUUCCGUCUAGUUUACACUCACCUAGUAUGCCAAAGCCAGUCGGUAAGAGGCAAGCCUCAGCGAAAGACAGUGUCCCCAGCCCGCGGCUGCUGGUCCAGAGCAGCCCUCUGAGAAGGAACAUGCCACCAAACUCUCUCUCCCAAGUGCACUUUCAGAGCAAAGCCUAUUGCAGUUCCCCCGCGGGCAGCACCGGCGCAGGAUCCGUGCCUUUCGAGACAAGCAUUCCCACUACGGCACCCACCCACCCCAGGCUUGUGCAAGCUUGGGAAGGUGCCCCUAAGGCGUUUUCUCCCAUGGACCAGAAUUCAGCACCUUAUCCAAACCCUGUUGGAAACCAGUUCUCAUUCGAGUGCCAGUCUGGCCCCGAGCAGAGGCAGCACAGGCAGAAAAAUGCCAGGAUGCCUUGGCAGCAAAUACACCUCACUCCUGCAAUGCCCGGUCAAAACAGGCUAGAGCUGUCGAGACAGAUCACCAGCCAGAAGCUCCCCUUCCCCCUGGGCAUGUCAGAGUGGCAGGGAAGCGGGAAAGCCCAGAAAGGGCCCCCCGCAAGUAACUCUCCGGGGUAUCACGGCAAAAAGCUCUUGACGGGAGAGAGCCUCGGGGUCCAGAGGGGAGACUCCAACUCAACAUGCGCUUUCUCUUUUGAGAGUGGGAAGGAGCCGGGGUCUCCCACCUGCGAUUCGAGAAGCAAAGCCCUCUUCUACAGCAUGGGUCAAGCAGGUCCUCCUCCCUUAAGGAGCUCAUCGGGCUCAGCACUGGUCCUGCCACCGUCAGCCUUGGUGGCUGCCUCUCCUUGUGAGUCCCCGCUGCCAUCCCCUGUCCCCAACCCCUCCUGCGGCAGCACCUGCUCGUCACUCUCCCCCGUCUCCAGCAGCCCACUCAACCCUGGCUUUGAAGACAGCCAGAUGUCCGGAGCGCUGACCCCCUCUCCCUUCUUCCAGCACCCCUGCCAUCCCAAGGACGGCAACAAAACCUUCCACCCCUCCGACGUCUUGAGUUCCAGCUUGCUUCAUUACCACCCCCCAGACUCCAUCAAGUCCUUCAACUUCCCUUCCGAUGCCCUGAAAGAUGACAGCCUCCUGAAAUGCGCCCCGACAAGCCCAUUCCACAAAGCCGGCGUGGAAGUGGCCAAAGGAUGCUCAGAUGGGCUGAAUGGGGAGCAGCCUCCGCCGCCGUACACCUCCCAUCACUUGCUGGCCAGCUCACUCAGCAGCGCCAGCCUAGAUCAGCUGGACGUGCUCCUGACCUGCAAGCAGUGCGACCAGAACUACAGCAACCUCUCCUCCUUCCUGCAGCACCGCCAGUUCUGCGCCUCCCAUCCCACUCCCCCGGGAGAGGGCAAGGACGCUCCCCGGGCAGCCGAAGGGCGGAAAGCGUUCCCCACAGAGCCCCACAAGCCCCCCAGCCUGGGGCCCCCCAGCCUGGGUCUCUCUCCAGACCCCCAGGCGCAUUUAUUGGCGUUAAACAAGAGCGAUGACUUCUUGCUGGAUGGAGAAAGCAAAAGUGAGGGCAAGGAAGAUGCUCUGAAGGGCGGCCUCUUCAACGGCCUCGCCGCCAGCUCCCUGCCACUCACCGCCUCGGACCUGGACAUCGAUGAUGCCAAGCUGGACAGCCUGAUCACCGAAGCCCUCAACGGCCUGGGGUACCAGUCGGAUAACCCAGAGAUCGACAGCAGCUUCAUAGACGUGUUUGCUGAUGAGGAGCUGACGGGCGUGAAGGCGGCUGGCGGUGGGUUGUCCCACAAGGCGAAGGAAGCCCCAGCCUCAGAGAGCAAAUCAAAGCAGGCAGCAGCGGAGGAGAAGGCAGAAGGCCGGCCCAACGCUGGCUGUUUGUACGAGGAUGGCCAUCCGGGUGGGGAGCAGGCAAAGAGAAGGGGAGGAAAGAAGCACCUUCACAAGGGGAGGGCGGCACGGAGGUUGGCAACCCAGGAGCCAGAUCCCACGGCAGUGGGAGCAGAAAGGACAGCCAGGCUGCGGGUGGUCAGGAAGAACAGCAUCCCUUCGGCCACCACCUCCUCCAAGUCCACCUCCAGCCAAAAGCAUCCCAGGAAGCUCAGCCAGGAGCCUCUGACGAAGAGCGAGGUGGGGCCAGGCAUUGCCACCAAAAACUCCAAGCCACCCCGGUUCUCCAUGAAGGACAUGAAGAAGCGUAAGCCCCGAAGCGGGACAUGGAGCAAGGAGCUCAUUCACAAGAUCGUGCAGCAGAAGAAUAAGCUCCACAAACUGCAGGUAAAGAGCAGCAAGCAGUGCCCCCAGGGUGCUGAGAGGCUGGCACCAGCUGCGAAGGAGGGCAGGCUUCAGGAGUACGACUAUGUCUCCGACUCGGAUGAUGAUGGGGCAGAGUGCGGCAAGCUCCAGGGACAGAAGAAGCAAGGCACGGGAUUCAUCGGGAGGACCAAGUACGGCUUUAGCAAGAAACGCCUGGGAAGAAGUGAGAGAGACAAAGAGAAAGACCCAGCCUGGAGCUACGGUCAGAAAAGGGACGGUCAGAAAAGGGAAGCACAGGACCACAGGGGUGUCUCGAGCCAGCAGAAUGCUGAGAAAAAGGAUUGUGCCACCAGAAUCCAAAGACGUAGUAGCCAGUCAUCUACUGGCAGCAACCACAGCGGUAGUAUGCCCGGCAAGGUGGGCACCAGCCCACCGCCUGCUGAUGGGGCUGGCUCAGGCAGCGAGAAGGGGGGCACGCAGAGGAGGAGGCGCUCGGGCAGCCCAGCACGUGCGCCAAGGACUCCGCUCAGCCUUCCCGAGGACAGGAACUCAAAGAAGAGCCAGAAGAGCAAAGAGGACUUUUCCAGAGGGAGCAGGCAGUUUGGCUCAGCCAAACCUUUAGUAGCAGGCUCCAGGACGUGUCCAAGUACCGAACCAGAUGUUGCUGCAACAGACUGUGCAAAGGAGGAGUCGUUAUCGCAAUCCCAGGAAAGGCAGCUGCCCAGCACGGCCGCCUCGGACGGGACCUCCGCUGGGCUUUCCUUCAAGGAGGGGGCUGAAGAGCCCAAAGAAGCAGCAAAGCAUACAGGUGAGGCAGGAGAACUCACCCUUGAGGCUCAGGACUCACCCGAGCUGACCAUGGCCAACCAGAGGCAUCAGUUUGCCCCUUUCACGAGUGAGGGGCUGAAGUACCAGGCAGAAGAGCUAAUUGCUCCACCCCACAGCAGUAACGAAGCUAGUCCUGGCAACUCGAGUGCUGCCUACUCGGAAGCGAACAUCAAAUACUUGAAGGCACACGCGCUCUGUGACGGUCAGAAGGAUUAUCCCACGCCAGUUGCCCCGUACGCUGGGGAUGCAGUGGGGAUGAUGCUCACUGCCAAGGCGCCCGAUCCAUACGUCAGCAGCAACAAUGCAUUUUUCGAUCCCAAAGGCCUUCCCGGUCACUACGAUGACAAUCUCUUCCCAAAGCCCCCAGCCUUGGGCUCCUCCCACGUGGAUGACAUGUAUUUAUGCCGGGAUGACAUCAACGCCAGCUCAUACGAGCAGAAGCACGCCAGCAUCUCCCCUUACACCGCAGAAACAUCAAAGGGCAAGGUCUCCUCCCCCCUCAGCUUCGAUUCCUCUUCAAUAUUUGGAGAGCUUCCCGUCACCGAGUUCGACCCGCCGCUGUACGAGAGCGUUUCUGUGAGCAAGGAUGGUUACGUGGCAACGUUCACCUGUCCUGGCAAUGCCCCCAGCAAGACGCUGCCAUUUGAGCAACCGUAUCCACCAUUCAUGCCAGAGAAGGACUGGUCCCUCAUGGAGGAGGUGGCUCCGAUGCUGCCAGAAGAGGUGACUCAGUUCCACAGCCUUUCAGUGGAGAAGCCACUAGCCAAGAAAUUCCCCGAGGAAGCACCCGUCCCCAGCAGCCAACUCUCCCUGCCGCUGCCAGACAGGAUAACGGUUUAUAACGUGACUUUUAUGAACAACACAUCAGACGAUGAGCUGGAGAUCAAGCGAUUAGUCACAGAGCUGGAAAGCCAACUGCAAACCAGCAAGCUGGAUAACGAGGCAUCCGUCGCCCUUCAGAAACCCGAGCAACACGUCGCUGCCCAUCUGCGAGGAUUCCCACCGCUGCCAGUCGAGCAAGAGGCAGGUCAUGAGAAAGGACUGGCUUUGGCAGGUGAUCUGGGCAGUUCAAACCUCUGCGUCAGAGAGAAGCUGGGAGGUGAGAAGCCAGCCAUCACGAGUGCGUGUGAGGACUAUGAGAGACCCAGGGAGCCCUGGCCCUGCCCUGUGGAGCUGGGCUCGCUGGAGGCAGGAAUGUGCACACCAGCCCCGCUUGCCACGGACCAUUUCCGCUCCAAAGACAGCAGCGAGCAGCUCCAGGUAGCUGUGACUUCCGAGGAAAGUGGCCUCGGAAAUAUGGAAAAUGGGUCCUUCUCCAGAAGUCUACCUGGCUCACACACGGCAGAUCAAACAGAGGCUCCCAUCUACACGGACCCCAUGACAAAAAGCCCUCCUGUUGUCACCAGUUCUGUGUUCCCCAAGGCCCUGAAGGCAGCAGAAGCGACCAAAGAUCCGCUGCCAUCCCUGCCAUGCCAGCACGGUGAUGAGAGCUUCCCUGUACCAGGGAAAGCAGAUGUAAGACUUCCUGGUACUGCAGAGCUGGAGAAGUUUGAUGCCCAUCUUCCAGACCCUAAACCUGAAUUAGGCUUUCAGGGAGGUCCCACCCCAGCCUUGGAUCUCACCUUUUCGCCUCACAUCACAGAGGUCCCGGAUACAGAAGAAAGACCCUUAAGUAAGCCCGAGUCACCCAAAACGGUGAAAAGCGACGUGGACUUCAAAGGGGACGAUGGUGAGUCUGCACUGAUGGAAGGAUCGGAGGAGAGGAAGAGCCCCACCACCUAUCCAGCCCCCAGACCUGGCGACAAAGCCGGCAAGCAAAAAGUGCUACUGUUUGAUAUGCUGAGCCUGCACAAGGAGAGCAGCUCCCCGAAGACAUUGGCAUCCCAGGAGGCGUCAGCCAACCCUCUGCAGCAGCUCCAGCUCUUCGUUGCACGAACAGUGAAGAGCAACGAGGAGGAGCUGCUGAUGCCAUGCUUCCCCAUGCUGCUUGCUCCCAGCCACCCCUCUGCCAUCGCCCAUGUCCAGCUGGAGCAGAAAGAGGAGAGCGGCGGUGCCUUGGAAGGAGAAAAUCAGACACAAAGCCCUGCCCAAGGGGAGGGGAAUGUCCCUAUUGGAGGCAACGCAGAAAAUACUUCUGCCCCAGCAAAAGAGGCUGUGCUUUUCUCCAGCGGAUGUGAGCAGCUGGAGUCAUUUGGUGCAACAGGCUCCUACCAUGCAAAACAAUCCACGUUUGUGAAGCCAGAGCUGCACAGUAAUGUACCGGAGCUGCAGCACUUAGCAAAUGAAGACACAGAGCCGAAUGACAUUAAUAUCCGUGCAGAUGGUGUUUCCCGAGAGCGUAAUGACCUCUCGCCACUCAAAAACACAGCGGUGACCCCCCUGCCAGGGCAUGGAAAGAAAGCUGAUCAGCCUGUGGGAGAGCAGGAGCAAGAUGAAAACGAAGCAACCUUAGCAUUUCAAAAACAUGAGCAAUCCCAAUUAAGCCUUAGUUUGCUCGAGAAAGAAAUGCUGGGCAGCGCAGCAGCAGAGAGCCUGGGAAGAAGUGAGGUGGAGCAGGGAGCACAGCCCUUGAACAGCGCUCCUGGGAGUCCCACCAGCCCGCCCGGUCCCUCCGAGGAGGAGCUCAGCCAGGAUCACCGCAUGGUGCUGGGGGCGAAAGCCUGCGCAGUCAGCACGAAAGUUCCCAAAGAAGGGAAUGGCAAGAGGCCAUCCCUCGAUGGCUGUCACUACACAGGCGAAUCUCCAGCCAGCUUGCCCUUGCCGACCAAUUUUUCUCACCCCAAAUGCUUGCAAAGCGGUGGGGCUGAGGGAGGAGCGGUGUCCAGCUUUGGCAGUCAGCUCCUGGAUGAGAAAAAUGCCUUGGAGGUGGAUGGUUCCCAGAAACCACAUGGGAAGGACUGCUCUCUUCCCUGCUCGCCGCCUUUCAACCAAAAGGGUGUUGGGAAAGAGGCACCCGAAAACGCCGUUGCUGUGCUGUCAGGCUCUCAUUUUCAAGAAAACCAAGUGUGUGCGGUCACAGAUACAGUUUUUAACUCCGUUCCUCUGGAAACCCAAGGUUACCCAACCCAGCCCACAACAGAUCUUCUGCCAACCAGAGAGAGAGAGGUAAACCUGGAUCAAGAGAACAAGCUUGAAAGCUGCUCUGAUGAUGGAAAUAAGCACCAAAGUGAACCCGAGGCUUCGUCCAAUGGUUUUGUUCUUCAGCAGGUGCCAGCUGCUGUCAGUAGAGGUCUUAGAAGGAUUGGAGAUCUUGGUCCUGCUGAGUUAAAUGGCCACAAGUUUUCAGAGGCAGCAGAAGUGAGACUUGGUCUUUCCAAAAACACAGAGAGCGGAGGGAAGACUUUAAAAGGGGAGAAACCCAAAAGCCAUGGGGCUGGAGAAGCUGGGAGUUGUGUGUUAAACAGUAUGGGCCAAGGAGAGGGCAACACGCCUAACAGUGCUCCAAACCCUUCCCAGAAUGAACUUCACAAUGAAAAGAAGCCAAAUGGGCUCCCGGUGACCUGUGACAUUUGUUCAGCUUCUUUCCGGUCCAAGCCUGGCCUGACCAGGCACAAAGCGGUCAAGCACCAGCUGAAGAAUGGUGGCGUACCACAACCCAGCAAGAGUCCCAGGUCCGCUUUGAUUCCUGCAGACAAGACAUCGAAAGCAGCCCAAAAGGUGCCCAGGAGGAGCCUGAAGACUUCGGUCAAAGAGAAAACCUGCAGCUCACGGACGUUGACCACUGACGUUGACCACGUCCCCAAGAAAAUAUGCCCAGACCUGGAGAAAGAGCCCAGCACCCAGAUCCAUGAAGUGGUCAGCAGAGUGCUCAGCGACCUCAGCGUCAUCUCCUUUGAGAUGUCCCAGGAGCUGCACCACACAUGUGUUCUGCAGAGGGAGAUGAAGGCAAAGGGGCUGCACUCAGGGACAAGGGGAGCAGGCGAUGUGGCAGCUGGGAAGCUGGACCCAGGAUGGCAAGCCAGGAAGGGAGAGAAGGGCAGAAGGAACCGAAGCAAAGAUUCUGGAGAGGUGAAUGGUAAUUCUGAAAAGAAGCUAAACAGGAAAGUGAGACGAAGGAAGGCAAAGGUAUUUCCCAGCAGAAAUGAGUCCGAUGGUCCGUGUGAGCUGGAGAAGAACACAGGUCUUCCCCCUGCUGUCCUCAGCUCCAGCCUGCCCGAGAUCACGGAGGGCUUGCAUGAACCAGGUGGUUGCAUCUUCACAGAGGAGCAAGCUAGGCCCAGCUCAUCCCAGCACUCUCAAGAAGCUGAACAGUCCCCUUGUGCAGCUGAGCUUGCAGAGGACCUGGGUGACAUGAUGGUGUCUUCCCAGGAGAUGGCACAGGAGCCAGUAACAGGCACCUGUCAUGGGAAGGUGGAAGAUCCAAAUGGAGUGGAAGACACGCAGGUUUGCAAACAAUGGGUUAGCGGAUUUGUGCAGCAAGUGGAGAAGGGAUUGGGCAAGGUAGGUGAAGAGCAGCACCGUGGUGCUGAUGGCACAGAGGAGGUGGAUGCUGAGACAGGAGACAGUCCUGCGGCAGGCAGUGGCGCUGGGAGCCGGAGCAGUGCCCCACAGUGUCCCAUGGAGCCUGCUGAAGAGGGUCUGCCACUGGAGAUGCUUGAUUCCAAAACCACCCAAAAGGCUCCCAGGCAAGGUGCUGUGCCAACUGCGCCAGGGACCAGCCCUCCUCCUACGGAGCCAAAGCGAUGGGCGAAGGCAGACGUGCCACCAGGCAGGGACCACUUGUUUGAUGAUGACUCCACGUUCUCCCAGCUGUUCCCCAGGGAUGACCAGUUCAUCAGGAGAAAGUGCACACGGGUGUAUGGGAAGCGCAGCAAGAAACCCAAGCCCGUCACCGAGGCAAACCUCCAGCCAGCGGGUGCCAUCGACCUCUUCCCCAUCCGAUUAGCUUCCGACCUCAGCGAAACGGGCUCUUUCUGUGUCACCAGGGAGGACCCUUGCGAAUACGAAACCAUCUCUGUUGACGAUGCCUUAAUGCUAAACAUGUGUCACGGCAGCAAGGCAAAGAGUGGUGACGCUUCUCCCGGAGGAUCUAAAAGCAUUGUUCUGAGGUCGGACUGCGAGAAGACUGACCAAGGGAAGGAGGACAUUGACCUGGAAGACAACAUGCUAACCUUCUUGUGCCAAAACAGCCAAGUGGACAAUGUCCCCAGCUUGAACAUCUGGGGGAGUCUGGAGAAGGAAGGAGAAAGCCUCUCUGCCGAGGACAUGUUUGCGCCUCUGAUGGACCUUGAGGAUGAGCAUUCCCUCAGAGAAGCGAGCUCCGAGCCCCCCGACUUGGCAGAGGAGCCCUACGAUGGCAAGCCUAACGAAGAUUCCGACUCUCCUGAAUUUCAUACCAUCGACAUCGAGAUGUUGAACGCAAAGCUGAAAAUGAGAGACAUGUGCUUCUUCAGCCCUUGUGAAGAUCUUCCUGGCCAUGGGGAGGACAACGCUGUGGGUUUCAAGCCGAAGCCGGGCCAGCACAGCAAGCACAGAAGUAAGCUAGAAGAUGGGAAGCUGGGGAAGAACCGCAGUGAGAUAACCAUCAAAGCCAAAGACAAGCAGUACAAGUGCAAAGUCUGCUUCCAGUGGUUCCUGACGUUAGGGGAGCUGGACUUUCACAAGCUCUCCCAUAACCCUUCCCCUCCACCUACCUGCUACAUGUGUGUCCAGCGCAAAUUCAGCUCCCGGGAACAACUGAGGGACCAUCUGAAGGAGAAGCAUGCCAAAAACAAAGCCGGUCUGUGGGCCUGCGGGAUGUGCCUGAAGGAGAUCUCCGACGUCUGGAUGUACAACGAACAUCUCCGGGAGCACGCCACCCAGUUCGCUCGCAAGGGGCAAGCGCAGAAGUCCGUGAUGGGGCUGCCAGGCUGCUUCGGCGAGGACAAUGCCGCUGUCACCCACUUCCUCAACACCAUCAUGUAUCGCAAGCCCAGCAGAUCCUCCCAGCAUGCCGACCCCAGCAGCAAGCAUGCGGUUAGCAGGGAGAGCAAGAGCCCCAAGGAGCUGCCCCUCGAGCAGGAGGCUAAGGUGAUGAAAGACCCCGUGGAAAGCAACGUCAGGGUGAAGCCACCUGCACCCAGCUCCUCUAAAGCAUCCGCCAGUAUAUCUCCAGAGCGUACAGCAAAAAGCGAAGGCAUCUCCAAAUCUGUCCCCAUGCACCCAGACUGCAAGGAUCCUUCCAGGGACUGUCACCACUGUGGCAAGCAGUUUCCCAAACCCUUCAAGCUCCAACGGCACCUUGUCGUGCACAGUUUACAGAAGAUUUACUUGUGCCACAAGUGUCCGAUGUUCUACCAGGAGACCAAAGAGCUUCGAAACCACCUCAGCCAGGAGCACGGGAUAGUGGAGGAGCAGGAGAUCAAGCACACCACCCUGUACACCUGCGAGCUCUGUGCGGAUGUCAUGCACGUCAUCAAGAAGUCCUUUAUCUGCAGCAUGUGCAACUACACCUUCUCCAAGAAAGAGCAGUACGACCGGCACAUGGAAAAGCAUCUGGCGGGAAGCAACAAGACUUUCAAAUUCAGAGGGGUCAUGAGGCCAGGCGUUGCCUCCAGAGAGGGCAGGGAGAAGGUGAAAGCGGACAGCUCUCUCCGGGAUGGCAUGCCUCCAAGCAAGAAGAGGAAGGUUUCUCACCACAGCAGCUCACUCCCGUGCAGCUCACCGGUCCACCCGGACCUCACUAGUGACCUUCAGAUGGUAGAGGCUGCGAGCCCCAGCCUGCAGGCUUCCGCUGACUCCUUCCCAACAUCACCCGGUGACCCAGGAACACCUCUGACCCAACCCUCCGUGAAAACAGAAGACCUGGUGGGUGACUUCUCCGACCUCCUGGCAGAGAUGGAGAAAUCCCAGUUUGACACCCUGCCUCCACCCCCUUGCCUCUCCCCAUCUUUGCCAGAGCCUGCAGCGAGCAGCUCGGAGCUUGGCCGUAUUGCUGCCCUGUCUAUCGAGGAGCUGGAGAAAGGAACGUUUGAUGGGAAACCACUUCCUUUCUUGGACUCACCCGUGUUUACCAUUGACCUUGCUGGGUUGGCUUGUAACCAGGCCACAGACCAAAAACUCUCUCCCCCACACCUCACCGAGAAAUGUGGCUACGCCGAUGCCCAUAAAAGAACGAGCAUAGGCAACAAAGACGAGUAUCUAGCAGGUGUCCUGGAAAAUCCCAAUGCAGCCACCAGUUCCAUGGACGGGAUCCCAUUUCUCCAGCUUGCCGAGAAGGUCUCAGAGCUUCCUUCCCCGCAGGCAGAGGCUCCACCGACCAAGGACCCCCACAGGUGGGGCAACCCCAGUGCCAGCAGUGCCUCUUCUUGGGAAGGUUCAUCUAAGGCCAUGUCUCCAGAAGCUGCCCACCACCCCCUGCCCCUGAAGGACAAGGUGUCUUCACCCACACUGAACAGGGCUGCCAAAGAUUCAACGCUGGGUGGCGAGGCUGCUCCUGGCACGGACAGCCCCAGCGGCAGCACUGAGGAGAGUCAGCAACCUGGUUCGGGGAAGGAGAAAGCCGUGCCCGAGUCCAGCGCCAAGGACAGCUGCACUAAUGCUAAGGACCAAGGCGUCAACCCAAGCAAAUCCACCGGCCACCAGCCCAGAGGCGAGGUGGCCAGCAAUGCUGUGAGACAUGGCCACAUGGAGCCGAGCAAAGCCGCCAGCAAGCUUCACCCCAAGAGGCGGAAAGAGCACAAGUCCUUGAGCCACCGGAGCAGCUCCGGCUCCCGGGAGAACAUGGAGGGAGACGGGAAGAAGAAAAACGCCGAAGCUUCUGCCCUCGCCCCCGGGAGGAGGGAGACGCAGUGUAACAGACUGGUACCCAAACCCAAAACGGGCACCCAACUGAAAAAGAUGGUCCUGGACACUUACAACCAGAAGAAGGUGGAGCUCCGUCAUGCCAACGGGGACAUGAAACGCAGGAAGGCCAUUCUGGGGAAGAGCCUCCACCAAGUGUUGGCCAAGGGGCCGGCGCCGUCCCCACGCAGC